AUGGCCCAGAUUCUGCCAAUUCGUUUUCAGGAGCAUCUCCAGCUCCAGAACCUGGGUAUAAACCCAGCAAACAUUGGCUUUAGUACCCUGACUAUGGAGUCAGACAAAUUCAUCUGCAUUAGAGAGAAAGUAGGAGAGCAAGCUCAAGUGGUAAUCAUUGACAUGAAUGACCCAAGUAAUCCAAUUCGAAGACCAAUUUCAGCAGACAGCGCCAUCAUGAAUCCAGCUAGCAAAGUAAUUGCAUUGAAAGCUGGGAAAACUCUUCAGAUAUUUAACAUUGAAAUGAAAAGUAAAAUGAAGGCCCAUACCAUGACUGAUGAUGUCACCUUCUGGAAAUGGAUCUCUUUGAAUACGGUUGCUCUUGUUACGGAUAAUGCAGUUUACCAUUGGAGUAUGGAAGGAGAGUCUCAGCCAGUGAAAAUGUUUGAUCGCCAUUCUAGCCUUGCAGGUUGCCAGAUUAUCAAUUAUCGUACAGAUGCAAAGCAAAAGUGGUUACUUCUGACUGGCAUAUCUGCACAGCAAAAUCGUGUGGUGGGAGCUAUGCAGUUGUAUUCCGUAGAUAGGAAAGUGUCUCAGCCCAUUGAAGGACAUGCAGCUAGCUUCGCACAAUUUAAGAUGGAAGGAAAUGCAGAAGAAUCAACGUUAUUUUGUUUUGCAGUACGGGGUCAAGCUGGAGGGAAGUUACAUAUCAUUGAAGUUGGCACCCCACCUACAGGGAAUCAGCCCUUUCCAAAGAAGGCUGUGGAUGUUUUCUUUCCUCCGGAAGCACAAAAUGACUUUCCUGUUGCAAUGCAGAUCAGUGAAAAGCAUGAUGUAGUAUUCUUGAUUACUAAGUAUGGUUAUAUCCACCUGUAUGACCUUGAGACUGGUACCUGCAUCUACAUGAAUAGAAUCAGUGGAGAAACAAUCUUUGUUACUGCACCUCAUGAAGCCACAGCUGGGAUAAUUGGAGUAAACAGAAAGGGACAAGUUCUAUCAGUAUGUGUGGAAGAAGAAAACAUAAUUCCUUAUAUCACCAAUGUCCUACAAAAUCCUGAUUUGGCUCUGAGAAUGGCUGUACGUAACAACUUAGCUGGUGCUGAAGAACUCUUUGCCCGGAAAUUUAAUGCUCUUUUUGCCCAGGGAAAUUACUCAGAGGCAGCAAAGGUGGCUGCUAAUGCACCCAAGGGAAUCCUCCGAACCCCAGACACCAUCCGUCGAUUCCAGAGUGUCCCAGCCCAGCCAGGACAAACUUCUCCUCUACUUCAAUAUUUUGGCAUACUUUUGGACCAAGGCCAGCUAAACAAAUAUGAAUCCUUAGAAUUGUGUAGGCCUGUACUUCAGCAAGGACGGAAACAGCUUUUGGAGAAAUGGUUAAAAGAAGAUAAGCUGGAAUGUUCUGAAGAACUAGGUGACCUUGUGAAAUCUGUGGACCCUACAUUGGCACUUAGUGUGUACCUAAGGGCUAAUGUCCCAAAUAAAGUCAUUCAGUGCUUUGCAGAAACUGGUCAAGUUCAGAAGAUUGUUUUGUAUGCUAAAAAAGUUGGAUACACUCCAGAUUGGAUCUUUCUGCUGAGAAAUGUCAUGCGUAUCAGUCCAGAUCAGGGACAGCAGUUUGCUCAAAUGUUAGUUCAGGAUGAAGAACCUCUUGCUGAUAUCACACAGAUUGUGGAUGUCUUUAUGGAAUACAAUCUAAUUCAGCAGUGUACUGCAUUCUUGCUUGAUGCCCUGAAGAAUAAUCGCCCAUCUGAAGGUCCUUUACAGACGAGGUUGCUUGAGAUGAACCUUAUGCAUGCACCUCAGGUUGCAGAUGCUAUCCUAGGGAAUCAGAUGUUCACGCAUUAUGACCGGGCUCAUAUUGCUCAGCUGUGUGAAAAGGCUGGCCUGCUGCAACGUGCAUUGGAACACUUCACUGAUUUAUAUGAUAUUAAGCGUGCAGUUGUUCACACCCAUCUUCUUAACCCUGAGUGGCUAGUGAAUUAUUUUGGAUCCUUAUCAGUAGAAGACUCCCUAGAAUGCCUCAGGGCCAUGCUGUCUGCCAAUAUUCGCCAAAAUCUGCAGAUCUGUGUUCAAGUGGCUUCUAAGUAUCACGAACAACUGUCAACUCAGUCUCUGAUUGAACUGUUUGAAUCUUUCAAAAGUUUUGAAGGUCUCUUUUAUUUUCUGGGAUCCAUUGUUAACUUUAGUCAGGACCCAGAUGUGCACUUUAAAUAUAUUCAGGCAGCUUGCAAGACUGGGCAGAUCAAAGAAGUAGAAAGAAUCUGCCGAGAAAGCAACUGCUAUGAUCCUGAACGAGUCAAGAAUUUUCUCAAGGAAGCGAAGCUAACAGAUCAGUUACCACUCAUCAUUGUGUGUGAUCGAUUUGACUUUGUCCAUGAUUUGGUGCUGUACUUAUAUAGAAAUAAUCUUCAAAAGUAUAUAGAGAUAUAUGUACAAAAGGUGAAUCCAAGUCGACUUCCUGUGGUUAUUGGAGGAUUACUUGAUGUUGAUUGCUCUGAAGAUGUCAUUAAAAACUUAAUUCUUGUUGUAAGAGGUCAAUUUUCUACUGAUGAACUUGUUGCUGAGGUUGAAAAAAGAAACAGGUUGAAACUGCUUCUGCCUUGGCUAGAGGCCAGGAUUCAUGAGGGCUGUGAGGAGCCUGCUACUCACAAUGCGUUAGCCAAAAUCUACAUAGACAGUAAUAACAACCCAGAGAGAUUUCUUCGUGAAAAUCCUUAUUAUGACAGUCGUGUUGUUGGAAAAUAUUGUGAGAAGAGAGAUCCACAUCUGGCCUGUGUGGCUUAUGAGCGUGGCCAGUGUGACCUGGAACUUAUUAAUGUUUGCAAUGAGAAUUCCCUCUUCAAAAGUCUUUCCCGCUAUCUGGUACGCCGGAAGGAUCCAGAAUUGUGGGGCAGUGUGCUGCUGGAAAGCAAUCCUUAUCGGAGACCUCUAAUUGACCAGGUUGUGCAGACAGCCUUGUCUGAGACUCAGGACCCUGAAGAAGUAUCAGUAACUGUCAAGGCUUUUAUGACUGCAGACCUUCCUAAUGAACUUAUUGAACUGCUGGAGAAAAUUGUUCUCGAUAACUCCGUAUUCAGUGAACACAGAAAUCUGCAAAAUCUCCUAAUCCUCACUGCAAUCAAGGCUGAUCGUACCCGUGUUAUGGAGUAUAUUAACCGCCUGGAUAAUUAUGAUGCUCCAGAUAUUGCCAAUAUUGCCAUCAGCAAUGAGCUCUUUGAAGAAGCAUUUGCCAUUUUCCGGAAAUUUGAUGUCAAUACUUCAGCAGUGCAGGUUUUAAUUGAACAUAUUGGAAACUUGGAUCGGGCAUAUGAAUUUGCUGAACGCUGCAAUGAACCUGCGGUCUGGAGUCAGCUUGCAAAAGCCCAGUUGCAGAAAGGAAUGGUGAAAGAAGCCAUUGACUCUUACAUCAAAGCAGAUGAUCCUUCAUCUUACAUGGAAGUUGUUCAGGCUGCCAAUACUAGUGGAAACUGGGAAGAACUGGUCAAGUACUUGCAGAUGGCCCGUAAGAAGGCUCGUGAGUCUUAUGUGGAGACAGAAUUGAUAUUCGCACUGGCUAAAACAAACCGCCUUGCAGAGUUAGAAGAGUUCAUCAAUGGGCCAAAUAAUGCUCACAUCCAGCAAGUUGGUGACCGUUGUUAUGAUGAAAAAAUGUAUGAUGCUGCUAAGUUGUUGUACAAUAAUGUUUCCAAUUUUGGACGCUUGGCAUCUACCCUGGUUCACCUGGGUGAAUAUCAGGCAGCUGUUGAUGGAGCUAGGAAAGCAAACAGUACUCGAACAUGGAAAGAGGUCUGCUUUGCCUGUGUAGAUGGGAAAGAAUUUCGUCUUGCUCAGAUGUGUGGACUUCAUAUUGUAGUACAUGCAGAUGAAUUAGAGGAACUUAUUAACUACUAUCAGGAUCGUGGAUAUUUUGAAGAACUGAUAACAAUGUUGGAAGCAGCUCUGGGACUUGAGCGAGCUCACAUGGGGAUGUUCACUGAAUUAGCCAUUCUAUAUUCUAAAUUUAAGCCACAGAAAAUGAGGGAGCACUUGGAGCUGUUCUGGUCCAGAGUGAAUAUACCUAAGGUGCUAAGAGCUGCAGAACAAGCUCAUCUUUGGGCAGAAUUGGUGUUUUUGUAUGACAAGUAUGAAGAAUAUGAUAAUGCCAUAAUUACCAUGAUGAAUCAUCCCACUGAUGCAUGGAAAGAAGGGCAGUUCAAAGAUAUCAUUACCAAGGUUGCCAAUGUGGAAUUAUACUACAGAGCAAUACAGUUCUACUUAGAAUUCAAGCCUCUGUUGUUAAAUGAUUUGCUGAUGGUGCUGUCUCCACGGUUGGAUCAUACUCGUGCAGUCAAUUAUUUCAGCAAGGUUAAACAGCUACCCCUGGUGAAACCAUAUUUGCGUUCAGUUCAGAACCACAACAAUAAAUCUGUGAAUGAAUCACUGAACAACCUCUUUAUUACAGAAGAAGAUUAUCAGGCUCUGCGAACAUCAAUAGACGCUUACGACAACUUUGACAAUAUCUCACUUGCUCAGCGUUUGGAAAAACAUGAACUCAUUGAGUUCAGAAGAAUUGCUGCUUAUCUCUUCAAAGGCAACAAUCGCUGGAAGCAGAGUGUAGAGCUGUGCAAGAAAGAUAGCCUGUACAAGGAUGCAAUGCAGUAUGCCUCUGAAUCUAAAGAUACUGAGUUGGCUGAAGAACUCCUACAGUGGUUUUUGCAGGAAGAAAAAAGAGAGUGCUUUGGAGCUUGUCUCUUUACCUGUUAUGAUCUUUUAAGGCCAGAUGUUGUCCUGGAAACUGCCUGGAGGCACAAUAUCAUGGAUUUUGCCAUGCCCUAUUUCAUCCAGGUCAUGAAGGAAUAUUUGACAAAGGUGGAUAAAUUAGAUGCUUCAGAAUCACUGAGAAAAGAAGAAGAACAAGCUACAGAGACGCAACCUAUUGUUUAUGGUCAGCCCCAGUUGAUGCUGACAGCAGGACCCAGUGUUGCAGUCCCUCCCCAGGCACCUUUUGGCUAUGGUUAUACUGCACCACCCUAUGGGCAGCCACAGCCUGGCUUUGGGUACAGCAUGUGA